AUGUUUUGGCUGCUCCUCCCGACAGAAUCAUCAGAGAAUGACGAAGUUAUUCACCUGAAGGAGUUCCGUCUGUAUCUGCAUCAGAACGGAGUCACUAAACGUCAACACAGUCUGCUCCUCCUCCACAGAUUCACAUCGUCGGACUUGACCCUUAGACUUGACUUCCUGGAAGGAGAACUAGUUGUCAACAUCGACAACCGCAAGGACAAGGUUGCCAUCUUUGACUUGCUGAGUGUGGUAUUUGCUAGAUGUCAAGGUCACUUCGACCCGGGUAAAUUCAAAGAUGAACCUAUCAAGACGGGGAACCUGGAGAAGAAGGGCGAAAUGGGAGUGGAGACGUGGAAUAUUCGACGGGUGCAGGUGUCGUACGGUCGCUUUACGUAUCAGCUUCCUGGAGAAGAGUUCCAGAAUGUGGAAGAUGUGGUAGAGCUGUGGAAGGACACCUGCUGGGUUCAGAAGCUGGACGACAGGUCCUUCUUUGUGUCGGUAUCAGGGCAUAGCUACAGUUUCCGCCUCUCAGAAGAUGAAGCGGAGGACAAAGUUGGCGACUGGAUACAGAUGUUUAGUUCUGCAAUGAGAGAUCCCAACAAGUUGAGUGAGAAGGACAUACGAGCGGCCGUAUUCGGCACUGGCGAGAGAGAAGGCGUCGUGGUCGCCGGUAAUGACGGCGAGGACACUGUCGACUUCCCCGAUCCAGGAGCUGCAGGGGCCUUUAUCUUGAAUAUGUUCUCCCCCAAGACCAGGUCGCCCUCUAGGCCCCCGACCGAAGAUGAAGAGUUUGUAAUGAUUGAACUGAAGGAUCUUCUGAAAUGUAGAGCCGAGUUGGCUGAAUCGUAUACUGAAGAAGGGCCAUCAGGUCCGUCUAUACAAGCUGUCCAGGACCUUGACAAACAAGGAGACUUGAAGCCCCCAGCUCCUCCUUCCUCAGGGUCAGGACCACCACCUCCCCCACCUCCGCCGCCCCUAGGUCCAGCCCCGCCGUCGGGUCUGAAGUUGCUGUACACACCUACGAAUAACUUAAAGCAGGCACAUUGGUCAAAAGUACCUCCUGCUAUGUUGAAGAAGUCCCUGUGGCACAGUGUGGAGGAUGCGACGAGUAAAUUGAAUCUGGAGCAACUUGAACUGCAUUUUUCCGUCAAAGCGAACAAAAAGGCAGAAAAGAGCACGGACACAACGGACAACCGGAACGAGGUCCUCCUGGACCACAAACGAGCCCAGAUCGUGGGGAUUGUGUUAGGACGACCAUACCGUCGGGCCCUCGACAGACUCUUGAAUGCCAUGACGUCCAUCACCGAGAUCGACGUCUUCGGGGUGGAGAAACUGCGAGCCAUGAAGAAACUGGUGCCGACUGCAGACGACAUUAAACUGUACAAGUCCCGUGCGGAAUCAGACCUGCUUCCAAUGGACGAGUUCAUGUUGCAGUUAUGCUCCAUCCCCCACCUAGAGGAAAGAGUGGACCUGGCUAUCUGCACCAUCACCUUUCCCUCUCGCUAUACCGACCGUUUUGAGAAAGUGUCCUGUCUGAAACACGCCUGCGGGGAAGUGUUGUCCAGCAAACCCCUACAGGAGGUCCUCGGCUACUUGCGGUCGGUGGGCAACUACCUCAACGGUAAACGGCUCAAGGGGUAUGGCGUUCAUGGAUUCCAGAUUACAUCAGUGGAUAAGGUGUUCGACAUAAAGAACGCGGACACGGGAUACAGCGUCAUGGACUACCUCCUCUCACACCUACAGACAUCACACCCGGAACUUGUACGCUGGCCGGACGCGCUCAAGCAUGUUCCGUUGUGUGCUGACCUCUCUAUGCCAGCACUGGAAGCGGAGCUGAAAGCUCUAAAGGGGGAACUUGUUCGUCGGAGGGGUGUGGUGGAGGAACUGGAGAAAGAGAAAUGGAACAAGCAGGAGAGGACAUAUUUCUCGGACGUCAAGAGCUUCCUGUCUAAAUAUGAAGUUGAAGUGACCAGUCUGACAGAGCUCUACGGGCGAGUCACGGGGGAAUACGAGACGAUGCUGGAAUACUUGGGAGAACCACCACAGCGGAAGUCAGACGAGGUGUUCUCCGCCAUCGCAGACUUCAUGCAGAAGUUCAACAACGUCCGUGACCUUCAGAGCAGUGCACGUGACAUACAGAGCACGUGACAUGUUUGAAUAACAGCGCUCGCGAGCACAUUUUCAAUCUUGACAGACGCAUUCGACAGACCAUUGGCCUAUAUCCAAAAUGACUGCAAUGAAAGCCAUAAACAUAAACACUGCCUGUAGUCAUUCUGAUACUGAUAAACAAGGUAUUGGCAAACUGUCCGCUUAUAAUGAUAUACAGAUGUAAUAUAAACAAGUGUGUAUAACCGUAAGCAUCGCUUCAGAUCAUGAUAUGUUGGGGAUUGUGAGAGGGUGAUGGUCAAAAAUCCAUGUUAAUAUAUUAUAUAAUGAAUUAUAUACUGAUAUAUAUAUCUUCCGGGUGUCCAAUUCUGGUGUCCCCGCCGUGAUAUUCUGGAAUAUUGCUAAAAGCGGCGUAAAACUCAACUCACCCACUCACUCUUGGAAAAUCUCGGUCACCAUUCUUAACUGAACGUAAGCAAAUGGAGAUACAAUCAAGGAGGGUCCAGUCGACUCGGGCAGCUAAAAUUGCUGUUGAGAGUUGUGUCCCUUUGGCGUGCCGGAGACCAAUGACCGUGGGUUCGGAACGCCCCUCUGUUUCUAGGUUUGCUUGCACAAUGUCCAAGCUCGGGCGUAUGUCCAAAAUAUUAUAAAGACAAUCAGGUACUCCCUCCUCCUCUUCUCUCUCUCUCUUCCCACCCCCCAACCCCCACACCGAUAUAUAGCUGACACGCUGUGGUGUAACUUUCCAAACAGGGUAAAAGACAACUGUACAUAUACGCUGUAAGAGCCAUACUUCCGCGCCAUGGUGGAAACGAGUCGUACCAUAUACCUUAUAUCUAAAACCAAAAGUUGUCAUGUAUAGAUGAUUAUUGAUUUUAAGGACUACUUUCUACCGUUUCCAUUAUUUUUUUUAAUUGUUACAUGUCAUGUUUGAAAUGAAAGUACAGUUUUACCUACACUGGCCUCCACAUGAAAACAUACCACGUACAGAAAUGAUGGACAGGUGUUUGAUAUUGAAAUUAAGUCACUGAAAAUUGUUUUGCCAUGACAAGUCAGUAAAUUGGGCAGGUGUCUGUGAUCUUUGGAAACAGACUAUUUGAGGAAAGUGCAUUGAUCAAGUGAUCAGGAGUGUUAUGUCGAAUCAAUGACAUCCAUUGUCUCAAUCGUUGCAAGAAUCCUUUCGGGUUAGCUUCAAACAGAGCUUGAUUAACACGGGCCAUUUUGAACCUGGUGCUUUCUUGAUCGGACGUCACAACAUUGCUUGGACUUUCUUUUUUGCCAAGUUUCUUGACUUAUUUCUCAGAAAUGCCCAUUGAACUGGAAACGUAACAUUCUAUCUUUGACCGGUCAUGGACCUUCUGUAUCGUUUGCGAUGUUGCUGACGUCACGGGCCUUACGAGGAUGGUCUUAGGCUCUCUCUUUCAUAGUUAAUCUGAUUACCACCUUUUUGCGGUGACAAAGGAACUUUCUUCUCUGUAAGGCCAAGAAUGGACCAGUCAAUCCCCAUAUCUAGGGAAGACUGAAUCCCGAAGUCGAGGUACAUUGGGGUAACCUUUUAUUGUCACGGAAAUUGAAUGAUGAGCGAGGACCUAUUUAGGAAAUUUCUACUGAUCCGAUCCCACGUAGUUGCCCCUUCGUUUUAUUUCUGGAUUUUGUGAAAUGUAAAUAGACUAUUUUAGUUCGGUUCUCGAUAUAGCGCCAUUGAUUGAACAAGAAGGUUAAUGUGUGGCUUGUAUAAUUACUAGGUAAACAUUCGAAAUGGACGUGACAGCACUUUGGCUACAUAUGUAUAUAUGCAUGACACAUACCUAUUUGUAUAUAUCUGUUUAUAAAUAUGUAUUUUAUGUCUGUGUUACUUAACAUCCAUUUAGUGACAUAUCGAUUUCUCUCAAAUCUAUAUCCGUCCGGUCACCAAGUAAUGUCCAAAGAAAAGAGCAUCUCCGUCGAAGAAGCUGUUGUUCCGUUAAUGCACUCAGUAACCGAAUGUUACGUAUGCCCUCGAAGAAAAGACUUGCUCCCCAAAAUAUAUUUAGAUGUGUUCACGUUCCCUUUACAACCAGUCUCUCUUCAUUUAAUUGUGGACAAAGACAUUCAGAUGAAGGGAAUUUGUCUGACGUUUUCCUGGAUAAUGUACACCAUUUACGAUGUUUUGCAAAACUUGUUUUGUCUGACAUAAGUCGCGUGCUUGAUGUCCAUGCAUGAACAAUUU